UUUGCGCAGCGCAACUCUCCACACUGUGCGUGUUUGCUGAAGUGACGUGGUGGAAAGCCGAACACUUUCCUCAAGCAAGCAGAUUGAGAUUUUUUUCUUUUUACUUUUUAGUUAAUCUCCAUUAUUUCAGGGUUUCUUUUUUUUUUCCCCUCGAUUUUUGGUCUUCUUGUCCCUAAAAGCUACAGAAGUUCAAGGAACGGACCAGCACUUCCAGCUCUGAUGAGGUGAGGCUGAAAAGGUUUCCACCUAACACCGCCCGGCAGUGACCAGGACAGGGUUACACAAAUCCAAAUAUGCGCGUAAUUGGAGCGCGCUGGCGAGGCGUCCCUUGCUCCCCUGGCCGGAAAACAUCAUUGUCAUGAUGUUCAAUACUUCGGGAAUUGAGCCCACUUUUAACAAGAAAGAGGAUAUUUCCGAAGUUAUCAAUGGCACUCUGUUUCUGGUCAGCAACGUGCCGGUCACCACCAUCAGCAACCCCACAGCCAAGUGGAACGAGUCAUGCGGGGAGCAGCUGCUGGAUUUCGGGCGCCCGGAGAAGAUCAUUAUCGGGGUCAUGCUGGCGAUGAUCACGGCGGUGACCGUGAUGGGAAACACGCUGGUGGUGAUUGCGGUGUGCGUGGUGAAGAAACUUAGGCAGCCUUCAAACUACCUGCUGGUGUCCCUUGCGGUGGCGGACCUGUCAGUGGCCAUAGUUGUGAUGCCGUUCGUCAUAGUGACGGACCUCACCGGCGGCAAGUGGCUCUUCGGGGACUUGUUCUGCAACAUCUUCAUCGGCAUGGAUGUAAUGUGCUGCACUGCCUCCAUCAUGACCCUGUGUGUGAUCAGCGUUGAUAGAUAUCUUGGGAUCACACGGCCUCUCACCUACCCAGCACGUCAGAAUGGUCAGCUGAUGGCUAAGAUGAUCCUGGGAGUGUGGCUGGUGUCAGCAUCCAUCACCCUGCCACCUUUCUGUGGAUGGGCCAAAAACGUCCACACGGCUGGCGUGUGCCUCAUUAGCCAAGACUUUGGUUACACCAUCUACUCUACAGCAGUAGCCUUUUACAUCCCUAUGCUGGUAAUGCUCUUCAUGUAUUACAAGAUUUUCAGAGCAGCUCGGAAGAGCGGAGCCAAGCACCGCUUCACAGACUUGUCAAGGCGCGAACGCCUUGAAACGGUCGCUAACGAGGCACUCCGCAUGCAGGGCCUUAAGCCACCCGGCGUGGCGGAGGAGUGCGCCGCCUUGUCUCGCCUGCUGAACCGCGAGCGGAAAAACAUCUCCAUCUUCAAACGGGAGCAGAAAGCAGCCACUACACUCGGGGUGAUCGUGGGUGUCUUUGCUGUGUGCUGGCUGCCAUUCUUCAUCCUGACCACUGCCAGGCCAUUUAUUUGUGGGGUGGAGUGCAGCUGUGUGCCCAUCUGGCUGGAACGCACUCUGCUCUGGUUGGGGUAUGCCAACUCGCUGAUGAACCCCUUUAUCUACGCCUUCUUCAACCGAGACCUGCGCUCCACCUACCGUGACCUCCUCCGCUGCCGCUAUCGCAAUAUCAACCGCCGGCUGUCUGCUGUGGGGGUGCACGAGGCUCUUAAGGUGUAAACCUGGAUGAAUAACCAGCAUAAAAUGUGGCAGAAGGUGUUUCUGUUUUUAAAAUGUGUUUAUUGUCUGCGCACACAGCAGACCUGUAGAUAAGGCACAGACUAAUGAUGGAAACUCUUUCUUGGUUGUUCUUAAGCCCCUCUAUGAAGCCAUGGAGACAGCAGGAUUACUUCAGUUUGCAGAUGAUUCAGUCAUUCUAUUUAAAGAAAAAAACAACAGCAUUGUGCCUCCUUGAUGGGCCACUUAUACUGAAGCUGCUUUUGUGCACAUGCCACAAUUACAUCCUAGCUCCUGAUUUAUGGUGUGAUAUUACAGCAACAAAAAGAAAUGACAUGUAAACAAAAACAAUUACCCUGGGGCUUUCAGCUAGAACAAAAAUCAAUUAAAAAGAUUUCUGUACAUAAAAUAAAGUGGUGUUUUAGAGGGAAGAGUUUUUGUUUUGUGGCACAGUGUCUUUGAGUCAUUCUCUUUUCUACAUGGGUGUUAUAAAAUCCACCAUAAAGAGACAUUUUCUGUUCUUAUAAUGGAAGAGUUCAUUACUCUUAAACACACAAAUGGAUUUCUGUAAAAUAUCUAUGUGAAACUUUUUUUCUCACAUUUCAUUGUCCUCAUCAACCAAAACCUAUAUUUGGAAAAUAGCCAUCUUCAAAAACUGUUUUAAUGGUUUAGCCAAACAUAAAACUACACGCUUC